AUGAGCCAACCAGCAGCUGCGCCGGCCAAACCGCCUGCACGGGCGGCUGAACGCGCGUACGAAGGCACACCUGUCACAUCUCCACGAUCGUUACGCCAACUUUCGAUAUACUUCCUUGGGAGCGCCUGCCUACUGGCAUCAACUGCAAUAACGCGGAAGGCUGUAUGGAGACGGCAGCUUCGUGUUAUGCCAAAGUUUUAUGAAGCGAACACGAACCCGCACGAAUACUUUAGUCCCUUCUCAGAUGCCUGUCAGGCUCUGAACCUGGCAACGAUGAACUGUGCCAGCGUCGGAAUUAUGGCACUAGGUGGUGCAAUGUGGACCUUUGAUAUUGCCAACCUGAGAGAAGCUCGGGCAGUUCUACGGAGCCGCUUGAAUUACGACCGAAUCUACGAAUCUGAAGAUGAUGUACCAAAUAGCAUCAGUGAGAUGAUAAUAGCCUCCGGUCAGAUGCGAAUAAUAGAGGAGGACGAGAAGGAUGAUUCUAAGAAGAACCAAUAA